AUACGUAACGUGUUGUCUGCUCUGUAAUGCCGCAGUGCCUGAACGAAAUUUGCUGAAAAGUGCUGUAUUAAAUUUGUGAACAUUCAAUGUGAAUCGCGAGUGAGUGUCGCGUAUACUAUGUAUUACUUAGAUGUUUCUCUAGAACUGCCCCAGAAUCCUAAUCUUGAAGUAUCAGGAGUGUAUUUGAAGAAAAAUAUUCUUCAGUCUGUAAGGCAACUGUUUGGCGAAGAAGGAACCAAGUAUACGAUCGAUAUACUAAAAUAUAAUCAAAAGGAACGAAGAUUUGUUCUGAGGUGCACCGAUGAUUGUUAUGUACGCUUGAGAGCAUCUUUAACUAUAGCCGAAAAAUACGAAGGAGAGCCUUGUACAUAUGUAAUUCAUCGUGCAUCGCAUAACUUAUUAUCAUUUACUGCCGAUAGUAGAAACUAUCAACAUUGAAAUAUACAGAUCCCUCUCCUAAGG